AUGUUCAUAAGUUCUCUUUCCUGGAGUCCUUCGAACGAGCAUCACUUGCUUUCGUGCGCGUUCGACGGCGAAGUCAAGUUAUGGGAUACCAGAGGGAACGUCCCGGUGCACUCGGUGAAGGCGCACGAGGACAAGUGCUUCGCGGUGGACUUUUUCGGUCCGGAUACGUUUUGUACCGGCGGGAACGACGGGAAGUUGAAGUUUUAUACUCUUCCCAAAUAUAAAAUGGAUGAUGAGGAGGAUUAG